AUGGCGAACCCGAGCCAAUCAUGUCGCGACACGGGCUCCGCCAUGUCCACGAGCGUGCCACCGGAAGCAUCUUUCCUCCGCCUCCGCCCUCAGCACCUUAGCCACGCUGCCUCUCCGUCCUCUCAACUCCAAGCAACGACCUUCAAUGGCCUAAAACCCCAGGAACGUCAGCGCGAGAGAUUAGCCCAAUCGCAGCGAGGCCGCGAUUCCCCGCCCUCUCCACCACUCCGCCACUCCGGCACUCCGCCACUCCACUACUCCGCUACUCCACUACUCCGCCACUCCACCACUCCGCCACUCCGCCACUCCACUACUCCGCCACUCCACUACUCCGCCACUCCACUAUUCCGCACUCCGCCACUCCACCACUCCGCAACUUCGCCACUCCACUACUCCGCUACUCCGCCACUCCACCACUCCGCCACUCCACUACUCCGCCACUCCACUAUUCCGCACUCCGCCACUCCACCACUCCGCCACUUCGCCACUCCACUACUCCGCCACUCCGCACUCCGCCACUCCAUUACUCCGCCACUCCACUACUCCACUACUCCGCCACUCCAUUACUCCGCCAUUCCGCCACUCCACUACUCCGCCACUCCAUUACUCCGCCAUUCCGCCACUCCACUACUCCGCCACUCCACUACUCCGCCACUCCGCACUCCGCCACUCCAUUACUCCGCCAUUCCGCCACUCCACUACUCCGCCACUCCGCCACUCGAAUGUCCCAGUCGGCCCUGCAACAGCUAA